GGCGCGGCAAGGAAGAGUGUCGCGCCUUUAAAAAGUUGCAAUGAAAUUUGCGACUAGUCUAACGGGUGUCAAGAGAGCGAGAGACGCAGGUUUUUUGACCCUUCACUAUGGCUGGCAAGGGAGAUUCUGCAGUGCGCUGUUUUCAGAUUGCACUCAUCCUCGGCAAUGUGGUGAUCGCGUGUUCCGGCAUUGCAUUGUCUGCUGAGUGCAUCUUCUUUCUUUCUGACCAAAAUGGCUAUUACAUCAUGUUGUAUGCCACUGGAAGGGAUACCAUCUUUGCAGCUGCCUGGAUUGGUCUCUUUACCGGCUUUGCCUUCUUCUGCACAUCAAUCCUCGGAAUUUACAGUAUAAUGAAAUCUAAACGAAAGUUGCUAUUGGCAUACAUUCUGUUGAUGCUGUUUAUCUGGUGUUUUGAAGUUGCUUCCUCGAUUGCUGCAAUAACCCAUCGAGACUGGUUUGUUCCCAACUUGUUCCUUCAGCAGAUGUUACAAAUCUACCAGGCACCACUUCCAACUUCCAUCCCUAGUACCCAAGACCAGAUCUACAUCAUUAAUGGAAUCACAAAUUCUUGGAACAAUGUUAUGACAACGUACCAAUGUUGUGGAGUCAAUGGACCUCAGGACUGGAUAACCUACAAUUCAACAUUUAGGGCGUAUAAUUCAGACUCUCAGUUCCCGUGGCCCCGGCAGUGCUGCGGUCAAGCAGGAGAUGGUACCAUUUUAAAUGAAAACGCCUGCAUUAUUGGAAUCCCAAACUUUGUGUACACUCAGGGCUGCUUUGAUUUUAUUGCUGGUCCACUGAAUAGACAUGCCUGGGGCGUGGCCUGGUUUGGAUUUGCCAUACUUUGCUGGACAUUCUUUGUGAUUGCUGGAGCCAUGUUCUUCUACACACAACUUGAAGCCUAGUGACAAGAGGAAGCAUCAUAAGGACAACAUGACACUUUAUAUUGCUGCUUGAUAUAUCCUUACCAAUAUGGAGGCCUGAGGACUUUAAGUGCACAUCCUGUGAAGUAUUGGUCCCUUCUGGCUCAUCAUCACCUGUCUCCUGAUGCCAGUUUGCGUGUGCGCAUCUCUGAUAUAGGACAGGUUCCUAUGUGCUGCUUAAAUGACACAAUGAAAUCAGUUCUGUAUAGAUUCAAUUUAAUUUGUUUUACUUGUAAUCAGCACAGCCCUGUGGUUUACACAGAUUAGAAUAAAGUGUAUAGGAUUUUUGAAUUUGUUCUUUCUUUUAAAGCCCUUUCAAAGUAGUGUUCUCCACCCAUGUGAAAUCCCUGCUAUUUUAUUGACUCGUGAACUAUGGUUCUGUUGUAAUGGGGUAGCUCUGAUAUGUCAUGUAUACAAGAAGUGUCUUUGGAUUUAGCCAGUCCAAUAGUAUUAUGUGUUUUACAAGACAAAGUGACUUGUGGAUAGAUAGGGUGGUUUCCAUAGCUCACAUUUCUUGGAUGAAGGAUGGUGUUGUGGUAAAUAAGAUUUUAUUUUUUAUUAUUUUUUAGAAUAAAUUAAUGUUUAUUUUCACAUUAAACCAUAGCUACUGUGUACAUGGAUUACUUGGAGAGAGAUCUGCAAUGGAUGGAUAUAUAUAUAAUAUAUAUAUAUUUUUUUUAAUAUAACUGGAAUGGAUUGCUUGCUAUAACACUGCUAAUUUGUGGUAAACUCUUAACCUUUUUCCUUCUCUAGCAUCUUUGUUGCUGCUUGCCUUCUGUCCCACUUUGGUACAUCUGCUCUGUUUACAGCGAAUGACUUGCAUCACUUAGCUCUGUGUAGUAUUUCUCUAUUGUAUGAUAGGGUAAGAUUAUACUAAUACAUUUUGUAUCUUACCUUGUUUGUUUAAAUAAAAUUACCUCAAUAUAUACAUCUUAA